GGUCGAGAGUUGGCGGCCAUAAUGAAGGGGAGUAUUUUGCAUACCUGGUGGUAGGAGACAGGUAAACAGUCAGGUGUGCCGGACUCUUAAGGGCUUUCUCUUAAGACCUACAGCGAAGACGGCCCGCAAGAGCCACAAGGAAAGUUCAUAGACGUCGCCAACGAUGUCUGCGCCAGCCCGACCUGACCCACCCGUGGUGGGGAAGGUGACCCACCACAGUAUCGAGCUGUACUGGGACCACGCACAGGCGUGGGCCGACGGGGGUGCGGGGGAUACCGGCGGCGCGGGGAGGGUUCACUUCUGCCUACAAGAGGAGGACAAGAACAGGGGAUUCGCCACAAUCUAUGUAGGCUAUGCGAAGACUUACACAAUAGAGGGACUGGACCCACUGACCCAGUACAGGUAUAGACUACGGGCGGUCAGUGAUGACGAGGCAAGUGGCUUCAGUCCAGCUAUCACAGUGUCCACUACAAGAGAGCCACUCACAUCAGAGCAUCUGCACAAAGCUGUCAACAACAACGACGUGCAGGCUGUGGUCCAGAUUCUGGAGGCAGGAGAAACCACAGAACACAUUUCUUCUAACGAGGAUGGGGAAUCCAAGUGGUGCCGGUUUCGGAGGGAUGUUGGAGUAGACGUUCCUGACAAGUACGGUCUGACAGCUCUGAUGAGUGCGUCACAGAGGGGCUUCAGUGGCAUCAUCGAUGUCCUGAUGAAAUGCGGAGCCAGUGUUCACGAGAAAAACAGCAGCGGAAAGAACUGCUUGAUGCUGGCCUGUUUUGCCGGACACCUGGAUAUCGUGAAGCAGCUGCGAGGUUACGGGUGCGACUGGGAGACACGUGACCUGGGCGGCUGUACCGCCAUGCACUGGGCGUGUGACGGGGGCCAUGGACAGGUGGUGGAGUGGAUGAUACAAGAUGGAGCAGAGGUUGAUGUGAAGGAUUACAAGUCUGGCUGGACCCCGCUGUUCCGAGUGGCAGCACUGAACGGAGACCCACAGAUCGCACAGCUUCUCAUCAGUGCUGGGGCAGACGUGAACAGGAGAGACAAGGAUGGCAAGACACCGCUCAUGAUUGCAGCCCUGAAUGGCCAUAAGAAGCUGGUGCAGCUACUGGUGGAGUCAGGGGCGGACUUCAAGGUCAAGAACGAGUUUGGAAGUCGAGCAGUGGAGAUGGCUCAUACCUUUGACAGACGGCCUGUUGUGAAGUACUUGGAGGAACUCCAGGAGACUGACCAGGAGAAGAGGAAAAAUCAGAGGGUCCAGCAGGUCAAGCUGCGGCCAACGUCCCACUAGUGUUGACCAGUCUAUACCAUGACUGACCAGUUCAUGCUACUGAGUAGCCACACAAGUGUUGACCAUAAUAUUAGCUCAUUCUGAACAAUGGUUACUCUGCAUGACUGCCACAUGAUUGUCACAUGACUGUCGCAUGAUUGUCACAUGACUGUCACAUGAUUAUCACAUGACUAUCACAUGAUUUUCCCAUGACUAUCGUGUGACUCUUACUUGAUUUUUUUCAUCUCAUUGUGAUUCACUUCAAGUUUUGGAAGGUCGGCAGGCUCUGAGGUUGUGUAGUUUUGUGUUGCGCACAUCUCAAACCAGUGAACUGUCUAGGAAAGGCCCAAUUUUAUCAGUGUACCAUCCACUUAUAAGUAGAACAAAAGUUUGUGGUCAAUAUUAUGAUAGUCUUGACCACUGUUCAUUCAGUGUUAAUAGGUGGAAUAGGUGGAAAGAAUAGCUUAUUGCACAUUCAUGUAGGUUCACAGCACAGCGAAAAGAAAGUUUUUCCUUCAAACAGUGGAAGACAUUUUAGACUAUUCGCUGGUAUGAUCAGUUUGUUGUAAGAGAUUUCAAAACUUACAUGCAGUCUAGAAUCAUAUAUGGACGAAAGGGUAACUUUAAAUUGGGUAACUUUAAAUGGGUAACAUGUACAGGAUGUUUGGUGAUAGUUCUAACUUUGGUCGAGGCUAGUUCACAACAUAUAAAUUGUUGGUUUUGUGGUAUUUAGUGGCCGGCCGACAUCUUCAACCAUCUGAUCUUUAAUUGUACCAUAUCUAAUCUUGAAACAUUAAUAGUUGUUAGAUGUAUUUCUCUUUCAUGAGUUGAAUACAAACUAUUGUUUGUAUUCCUCAUGCAUUGUCAAUGUACUGUGGUCUUUCUGAAGGAGGCUCUACAAUUGUCAGCAAUGACGUAAAUAUAAGAUGUCAUUAAUGCUAACAUAGACCAUAUGUUACAUGUAACCUUUGUAUCAUCAAUAAAUGAUUGUAAAAGUUGUGAUUGUGGAAACGUAAUGUUUAUCAAUACUUAAGAAUUGAUUCUAACAAAGAUAGGGUUUGUAAUUUGUAUUGACUUUGAGAUUUUUGCUAUAUGAACUUCUACUGUUUAAAGCAUGUUGAUACAAUUUUAUUAGAUUUUGAAUGAAUUCUAUGUGUUUAGAAUCCAGGAAUAAGGAGGCUCAUAGUUCAAACUGCAUAUGCACAGCAAAAUGCAUUGUGAGUAACGUCAAAGUUGAUGGCCCCUGAAAUGUAAACAAAAUAUCUGGACAUGUAUCAAGCAUGGUCUGCACUUGAACAUUUACAAGUUAGGGGUCUUGACCUUUGACAUAUCACCCACAAUGCAUUUUGCUGAGCAUGAGCAGUUGAAACUGGGACCAUCCUUAAUCUUACAUUCAUUUGGUUGAUGUUAAUUAAUUUUGCUGGUUUAAUGUGAAAUUAUGAAUAGAAAUCUUGCAGCCAGACUGCAAUAACAACAUAUAAUAUGUAAAAUUACAUGUUAAUAUGUGUUUUGCAUGUGACGGUCUAGAUUACAAUUACGAUUGGACAUUUUGUCAUCAUGUUUUGACGACUUUCAUAUUUUCGACACUUGAUGAUACGUUAAGGUUAUCAUCUCAAUUUAGUAUCUCGUUUUAGUACUGUUCCAUGUUUAUAUUUGUGACUAAGCACAUUCCCAGAACGUAAUGUGCAUAUAAGGUAUAUAGCCUGGUAUCCGAACCCGUAAUAUCUAUCAAGUUUCUUUGGCCAAUCUUGGAUCAAAGUAAUAUGAUCUCUCUUUGAACACAACAACAUGUUUAUGAACAUAUACGAGAUAUUGUCUGUGUGUAUGACCAUAAAUACGUUCUGCUGAUAUGCUUUUGUUGCAAGUUACGCAGCAACAUUGUUAGACAUUCUAUACUCGAAGAUACUUGAAAGGAAGAACAAGACGACAAGUUUGAGGUCUUGCACAUUUAGACCUAAGAUUUUUGUUCACUUUGAAUAUGUAUGUGGACCAAGAAGAUAUCUAAUUUGUAAGAUAUAAUACCAGUCGUAUGUCUUAGGACCACUAUUGGGUUAGCUAAAAAAAAGUUAUGGAUCUGCCCUCUGUAUUGAGUAAAAUGGACUAACCCUUAAGUGAAACUUGUAUAUAUUUUCGACUGUACUAUGUUGACAUUUUGGGAAUAGAGGGGGUGUACAUGUGUUGACCGACAUGACAAGAUUGCGUGGUAGAGUUGUCCGAGAUUGGUUUAUGACGAUAUUUGUACGUAUGUGAUGCUUCGUAUUGUACUAUAUUUGGGACAUCUGACGAUUUGAUUAAAAAUAUGAUUGCACUUUU